AUGGAUCGCUCAUCGCCAGCUGAAUCCUCCUUUCCUGACUCCCUCCACUGCUUCGUCCAUCUCCAUCCAUCCCAACUUCUCCUCUUUCUCCCCCUCCCCUCUUAACUAAACUGUCAUAGAACCCGAGCAGUUAGACAAGCCUAAACACUGAGCUAUCAAGAAGACCAUGGACGACCCAGUCAAAGAACUUGCCAAUGUUGUUCGAUCGAUCACGGAGCCAUUUGCAGCUGCCGAGAUAGCCAAAAACGUUGACAAAUACUUUACCGAGGACGCUUUUAUCAUGUAUCCUAUGUUCAACCAGCCCCGCACGCCCCAUGGAAGAGCCAACCUUAAGGGGAUCUAUAAGCUACUUCGCGUCUUCUCCGUCAACAACAAGAUCGAAUUCCAUGCGCUCAUGUUCAGUGAAGACCGUCUCAAUGCGACCGUUGAUCUUACAGAAACUCUCGAGGCUAGAUUCAUCCCUUGUCUCAAAGCCAAGCUCCACUUCAUCACGAGAGUCGACAUGCGCAAGGAAAGCGACGGGAAGUAUAGGAUAAGCCGCCAAGAAGACAAUUAUCCAAACGACCUCAAGCGAUCCGGGAUCCCGCUCUUUCUGAUCCCCACUCUCACCGCAACGUACAAGAUCGUCGCUGGCACGAUAAUUAGUUGUGUGGGAAGGUUCCUCCUCGAGAAAGGAUUGCUUGGCCCGUAAUCGACAGACAAUUCUCUUUUGUCUUCUGUCACUUCUUCCAAUUAGAGGAAAAACCUAGACAAAAGACAGCUUUAUGUCAUGUAUAUACAGCUUCUUUUUUUUUCUCAUAGGCUUCCAGUUCAUUGCAUUAAUAAGCUUGAAAUAUGGUUUUAGAAAAGCUUGGUCAAGUUUUUGAAUCUUCUUCCCCAUACUACAUGUUACUGAAGUUUCUAAUACAUAGCCUCACUUUAUUUUCUUCCUGUGUAUGCAGAAGUGAUUGCUUGAGAUGAGUAGAUGGUCCAAAGUUGUAUUAAAACGUUUUUUAAAGAAUUCAAAUUGAAAUGUUCAUGAUGAGAACGAGAUGUCCAAUAAAAUAUUUCCAGAUUUGAUGGAAACACAGCAA